AUACCACGAUGUUUCAGAUACUCACCUCCUUAGUGUGAACUGACUUGCUAGCACUUCGUCAUACGUUCUCGACAGUUCUCCCCCAAGAGUAUCUUUGAAGAAGACUGCCUCAUGUUGCUCGACAGCCGACUUUAUACAAAUACACCGUGUACAGACCCUCUAACUCAAGCAGGCCAUCUAAAAUUACAUCGGCAAUCGACACUCAACAUGGAGCAGUUCGGCAGAGACCCCGAGCCUCAGCGCUCACCCAGCACAUUCAUCUACAAUCUUGCGUUCCGACAAAACGAUCAGAAGUCGGCAACCAGUACGAAUUCGAUGGCUGUACAAGCUUCGCCUACGCCACCUGUAUUCUAUUCGCAACUCCAGUCCGAUUCUCUUCUGGAAUGACGCGCUCUGGCAGGGCGGACUAGUCACGGCAGGCCACUUGAGCCAUUAACUAUUUGGAUCCCGCACCGAAAAAAUAUGAACGAAUACGUGACGAACUCUGGCGGGGCAAGAAGCCAAAUUGAGCAGCCUUCAACAUGGUUUUAUCCCCGCAAGGUGGUUCCCCCGACGCAUGGGGAGUGGCAUGCUCUAGCAGUCAGGAUUCGCUCGGUUCAGGAAAUAUGUCUACGAGCUAAUCAGAAAUAUCACGAACAACGACGCAGACAACGCAGCAACGAUCGCAAAGAAGAACGUAGAGACAAUCGCUGGGGGAGCUGCUUGGAGAGGUUUCGCGGAAGUAGUCGUCGCCCCGGUCCCUACGAUCGACCCGUUCGACGAGAUUCGCAACGUGAUUCUUCGUCUUCAGCCUCUCCGACUGAUAGCGACAGGAUCUCAAAUGAAUUGCUGGUGGACAGCAUCAGCCGGAUUUGCGACCAUCUCUGGGAACAAGCCAAACUAGACACACUGUUCCGAUUGCUGGGCAGGAGGAAGCAGCGGGAGGCAGCGGCAACCAUGGCACAGCUGCUUGAGUGGGCGGAAACGGUCGUGGAGUGUGGUGAUCGCAGCGAACUCAGCGAUUCUCCCGACAGGUCGGACUUAUUGCAGUCACUCGAAGCUGCAGAGUAUCUAUGUUGCUGAUUUGGCGACAGUGAUGGGGAAGCAGAACUGGGAGAAGUUGAGGGUGCUGUGACAUUCUAUCUCAUUUUCGGAAUCAUGACCAGUCG